AUGACGAUGAUGAUGAUGAUGAUGACUGUGUGAAAUAAUAAUUAUCAAAGUGAUUUACUUGAAGAAUUCUACGAAGAAUCUUGAAGUUAUAUUCUUGGAUUAUCAAUUACAUACGGAAUAAUGGACGGUGGUCCGUUCGACGAUCCAAUAUUUUCCGACUUUAGUGGUCGAGGUGGUACCGGGGUUCACAGUAUUCAAGUGAUGCUGGGUUUACACGGCGGACAUCAUGGAAAUGACUUGAUGCCGACAGGUGGACAUCUUCAUAAAUUGGAUUCCUCAAAUAGUCCACCACCUCAUCAUCAAACGGCUCAUCAUCAUUUGCAACAACAACAACAACAGCAGCAGCAACAGCAGCAGCAACAACAACAGCAACAACAGCAACAACAGCAGCAACAGCAACAACAACAAAAAGAAUUGAAGGAAUUGGAAUUAGCUGGUAUGUACGCACCCUUACCUCAAACUCCGGAUGUAACAACAUCUACGACCACCACUGCAACACCGACUUCUACGACCCUGCAACAAGGUCUUCAACUUGGUAAUUCUCUAAAAAGGAAGCCGGAUGAUCCUAUGAACUCUCUUGCACCAGUGAGCGGUGAAACGCAAUCGGCUAAGAAGGACUCGAAAAAGAAGACCGAUAAUAAUGGAAUCAAAAAAAAGAAAACCAGAACUACCUUCACUGCCUUUCAAUUGGAAGAAUUGGAAAGAGCGUUUGAACGUGCACCUUAUCCUGACGUUUUUGCUCGCGAGGAAUUAGCUUUAAAAUUAGCACUAUCGGAAUCUCGAGUACAAGUCUGGUUUCAGAAUCGACGCGCAAAAUGGCGGAAAAGGGAACCACCGCGUAAAACUGCCGGUUACAUAGCUACCGGUUCUGGUAGUCCUGGUAUCUCAGGUUCAUUCCCGUCUUUGAAUAAUACGUUAAAUCCGUUUGCGUCUCCGGCAACAGCAGCAGCGCCACCUGAUGCUUGGACCUAUACACCAGCUUACGAUUUAGCGCCACAUUUGAAUCUUUUAAGUCCUUCCAAUUCGCCAUACACGACGUCUUUUGGUGGUCCUAGCAAUAACGGAUCGGCAUAUCCUUAUGCAACGAUGUUGCCUCAACACGAUGCUUCUUUAUUUUCUCCACCUACAAGCAACACUAUGCGCGUUCAUCAAGAUUAUAUGAACGCUAGUAAUAGCCCACCACCACCUUUAACGCGUAAUGAUUAUCAGACGAUGGUUACAACAACUCAUUCACCUCCUACUCAUCUUGGUGGUUCAAUGUCUGAGGAUGAACAUCAACAAAAUAAACAGUUGGAUUACGUAAGUGGUCUUAGUCCAGCUGAUAAAUAUCAGCACGACCAAACAGAUUAUUCACAACAACAGCAACAACAACAGCACGAUCAGAAACAAGAAUAUGGUAUGCAUUCACCGCAAGGACGUCAAAGUAUAAAGGAUCAGGUGAUGGUCAAGAGCGAACCUAACAGCCAACAAAGUUACGUGCAGUUGCCUCCUUUUCUCAACUGACUCGAAAGCCAAUUUCUAGAUUUAUUCUAGAUGGCUUUUAUCGUUAUUACUCGGACUUUACCACGUGAAUCCUUGUGCCUAAAAACUCAAGAAGAUAUUAUGAUUCUUUCUUCUUUUCAUUUUAAUGCGACAUUCUUUAUUUUUUAUUACGCAGAACAUCCAACGUAGAAAAUUAGUUUUUUGUUUUUUUUUUUCUACGAGAACA